AUGGAUUUACGAAAGGAUACAGAAAUUGCAAUGAAACCUCCAUUUACAAAUCUCCAAAAGAUAUUCAAUGGACGUACACUAGUCCCUCUGCCUCAAAUAAAUGAAGAAGAACAACAACAUGAAUACACUAAUACUCAAUCAAAUCAAAGAACAAUCUUUUCUGGACCAAGCAGCUCUUCCUUUGCUGAACCACCCAAUACUCCUUUUAAUGCUGCUCCUGCCCUUUUCCUUCGUAUCGGCUCUUGGCAGGUUGUGGCCAACAAUGAAAGUGAUCUGGUUUUGAAAUUUGAUUAUAGAAACAAGAAGAUAUCUUGGGAGGUUGUGAGGGAGGGGCCUUCCAAGCACAAGAUUGAAAUUGAUUGGUCUAAUAUCAUAGGAAUUCAAGCUGCCAUUGAAGAUCAUAGACAAGGAAUUCUCCAACUUGAGCUGCAAAAUCCACCAAGAUUUUACAAGGAGAUUGAAACCAGACCACUGAAGCUGUUCAAAUGGGAAGAAGAAUAUGAUUUCACCCAAGGCAGAGUUUCUAUGCACAGGAAACACUUUUCAGUGUUUGCACCAGGAAUACUUGGAACAUAUUAUAAGAGACUAAUGAAAAACAAGGAUUUGCUUGAAGUAAGCCAGAAGCCAUUUCCUACUGCAGACUCCCCUUACUUCCACCAGCCAGCUUAA